UAUUUGUUUGCUUUUAGUAUUUGAUUUUUUUUUUUUAAUAUUGUUGAUAACUAUGUUAUUAUUUGUCAUUAUGUUGUUGCUAACUCAUGUUAUAAGUUAAUAGAAACGUUUAUAUUUGCAAAAGUUUUAUUUAGCUUUUUUCAAUAUUAUAAAAUAUGGCAUACUUCAAAAAGUACCGUAGAUUAAAUGCAAUUUUAGAUAAUAUUGUUGAUUCAACCAGCAAUGACAGUGACACUAAUGAUAUACCAACAACACAGCCUUUGAAAGACAUCGUCGAAAAGCAAGUUAAUUAUUUGUCUGAUCAUAAUAGUAGUUCUGAUUUUGGAUAUUAUGAUAAUUAUAUAUCUUCGGCUGAAUCAAUUGGUAAUCCAGAUAUAUUCCCUAUAAAAGAUGCUUUAACAUUCAAUCAAAAAUUAAGACAUUUGGUACUAAAGUAUAAAUUAAGUAAUAAUUGCACAAAUGAUCUUCUUGAAUUGCUUAUAAGUGAAGGGCAUUGUUUACCAAAAAAUUGUCGAACUUUUCUAAAUACUCCUAGGCGUAUUGACUUUGAAGAAAAGAAAUGGUUAAAAACAAAAAUUGUAGAUGAAGAUAGACAGUUGUGCAAUGACUUUAAUUUUACAUCUUGCGGUGAGCAAGUUACCACUGAUGAUGAAUUUAGCAAUCAAGUGACCUCAGGAAUCAGCAAAGAUGUCCCUAUUUUACUACCAAAACCUCCUUCCUCCUACAAACUGUCAAUCGACAUCCUCAAAGAAAAUAAAAAUAAAACAGUAAAAGAUCUGACACUACAUUCAGAUGCAACAUCUGAUGAUGAUGAGAUAGUAGAUUUUAUUCGAUUAAAUAAAAAAAGAAAUAUAAACUCUCAAUCACCAAGUCACCAUGCUGUUACUAAACGCAAAAAAAAGUCAAAAAAAGAAAAGCAACAGUUUCCAUUGGAAGAAGAAAGUCAGUCUCAAUCUACAAGUCACCAUGCUGUUACUAAACGCAAAAAAAAGUCAAAAAAAGAAAAGCAACAGUUUCCAUUGGAAGAAGAAAGUCAGUCUCAAUCACCAAGUCACUGUACUGUGACUAAAUGUGACAAAAAGUCAAAAAAAGAAAAGCAACCGUUUCCAAUGGAAAAAGGAAAGUAUCAACGCAAGUCGCUUCGGUAUCUUGUUGAAAUUAGAGAUCUUCUUUCAAAAUUAGUAGAGGUUAAGGACCCUGAAAAUAGUAAAUUUCAUAUCGAAAAAAUUAAUAACUCUGACCAACUCGAUGAACUAGAAGAAGUUAUCAAGAAUGAUGUGCAGCGAAAAGCAAUUUUAUCUAAACUGAAGAAUAUUGGUGGUGUGGAUAUGGCAGAUUGUACCAGAAAUAUGUUGGGAAAAUUAUUUUCCGUAAACCUGAUGGCGAAUAUGAACAUUAAAGGGAGUAAACGUAAAGGCAGAGAAAACAAAAUAUCGUUUGAAAACCUUAAGUUAAAGGACGUUAUGUUUGAAGCGUUACAAGACAGGUAUACCGUUAGUGAAAAAGAAUUAUUUAGAGUUGUCGGGAAUAAACUAAAGAAUGCACCAGGAAGAUUGAACCAUUCCAUUGAUAUCUAACAUUUAUAUUAUAUUAUAUGUAUAUAGUUUAUGUUAUAGUAUAUAGUUACUUUUUUAAAAUAAAUAAACAAUGAUAUUAUACAA